AUGAACAACCUCACUUUUACUUCCUUCCUGCUUUUUGAAUUCUCAGUUAUCAGGAAUCUUCAGAUUCUGUACUUCUUUAUUUUUCUAGCUUUAUAUAUGAUAACUCUAAUUGGGAAUCUCCUCAUCACUGCUGCUGUAGCUAUUGAUUAUCAUCUUCAUACACCAAUGUACUUCUUCCUCAUGAACUUGGCCAUGACAGACCUUGGCAUUGUUUCUGUUACUAUUCCAAAAUUAAUGACUAAUUACCUCAUGAGUAGCAGGUCAAUAUCUUAUUCUGGGUGUGUGGCUCAGGUAUUUUUCUACCUUUUUUUUGCAACCUGUGAUUUUACCCUUCUAAUAGUAAUGGCUCAUGAUCGCCAUGUUGCCAUCUGCAAUCCCCUUCAGUAUGAAAAAAUAAUGCACAAGGGAGCUUGUAUUUGCUUGGCAGCUGCAACAUGGACCAGUAGUUUGCUUAAUGCCACAAUACAAACUGGCACCACCUUUGCAACUAUCUUUUGUUCCAAUUAUAUCAAGCAGUUUUUUUGUGAAAUCCCACAGCUAUUAAAACUUUCUUGUUGUAAUUGUUAUCUCCCCGAAUUUUGGAUUCUUGUCAUUGUGGGCAUUAUUAUAAUUGUAUCAUUUAUGUAUAUCAUUCUAACUUAUGUGAAGAUUUUUGCUGCAGUCCUCAGAAUCCCUUCAGUCAAUGGUCAGAAGAAAGCUCUCUCUACUUGCCUACCACACCUUGUUGUUAUAUCUGUAUUUAUGUUUAGUGGAUUAUUUACCUAUGGAAGGACUUAUAUUGAGGAUUCGUGCAGCUCAAAUGUAAUUUUUUCAGUGUUGUAUACUAUAAUUCCUCCUAUGUUGAAUCAAUUUAUCUAUAGUGUAAGAAACAAAGAGAUCAAGGCUGCUUUGUAUAAAUGGUUACAUCUUGAUUUUUUAAUCUAG